AUGCCUCCCUCAACCGCCUCGGGCGACGUCAAUCAGCUUUUUCAGGCAAUACAAGCUCACCUCGCCUCCAAGCACAUCCCACCAACACAGCAAUGGCUCCAGAACUUCGUCCCGACCCUCCGCCUCACAACUCCUCUGAUGGCAAAUCAGAAGACAGCCGAAUACCGCCUUCUUCAAACCGAUAUCUGCAGCACGGUGCAGUCGACUCCGCACUCCACAUUCUCAGCUGGCAUAACAAGCCCUGAAGUCCAGGAGCAAAGAGUCCCUGGCCCCGUUCCUGUCCAAGUACUGGACGUCGAGGACAUUGGACGCAGCAGAUGGAGCCAGGUCGAGGCCAUUGAGAUGGAGGAGAGAGGGGAGACGAAGAGGGGUCACGAGGUCAUCAGAGUUGUGGCGGAAACUGAAGAUGAGAAUCAAGAGAACCAGACGACUACUGGCGCAAACACCCAAAGUGGACCGCAUAAAUUGCUAUUGCAGGAUUGCAAGGGAACGAAGGUCUACGCUUUUGAGCUCGAGAAUGUCAAGGGAAUCGGCAUCGACUUGGCUAUUGGGAGCAAGCUGGUCAUCAAGGACUUUGUGGUUUCUAGAGGCGUCGUCAUGCUUACGAACGCUGGCACUGAAGUCCUCGGUGGGAAGGUGGAGGCCUGGGACAAAAGAUGGAGGGAGGACAGGAAGAAAGUGCUCAAGGAGAAGGCUGGAUGGAGAGAGGGUAUGGGCAUUGAUACCAGCGUCACCUGA